AUGGCGUAUCGCCCCGGCGACCAGGUCUGGGCGAAAGUCGAGGGCUACCGAUGGUGGCCCGCGACGGUCCUCGACCCGAAAGAGCACGCGGAGUGGAAGGGCGGCGGAACCAAGGGCGGCUCGAUGAGCGGCGCGGGCGGUGAUUUGAGAGACGAACGCGACGAAAAACGCGUGCUCGUCCGAUUCCAUCACACGAACGAUUUCGGCUCUCUGCGCGACUGCAAGAUACUCGACUUCGAGACGCACAAGAGGGAGAAGUCGCGCGGGGGGAAGAAAGCGAGCGGGUUCGCGCAGGCGGUCGCCGCCGCGGAGGCGGCGUCGACGCGCGCCGGCGGGGGGAGCGCAUUAAACGGCGCCGGCGUCGAAAGCGGCGGGGAGCGACCCGCGGCGGCGCCCACCGCGGCGAAGCGUCGGACGCCCACGAAACCACCACCCUCCAAGCCGCCGCAGCCGCCGCACGCGCACACGUCGUCGGGUAAGACGGCGGCGGAAGAUGAAACGUCGAUCGUCGCUGCUACGCCGGAUGAACGAUUCAAGGGCGUGUUCCGACUCCCGGGCGGCGCGGCGGCGGCGCGUUGGGAAGCCCGCGUCGACGUCUCGGGCGCGACGGUUGACGUUUCACAUUCUGCCUCUACCGCGACCGCGACCGCGAUCGGCGUGUUCCCCACGCCCGAGGAAGCCGCGCAGGCGCACGACGUCGCGCUCGUCGCCGCGCUCGGGGCGUCGAAGUGCGUCGGACGCGUCAACUUUUCGCUCGAGAUGUACGGCGGCGGCGGCGGCGACGGCGGCGGCGGCGGCGGCGGCGGCGGCGGCGGCGGCGUGUCGUCGGCGCGCGGCGCGGGUCCCGGUCGCCGAGCCGCCGCGGCGAGAGGCGAGGCGAGCCGGAGGGAGGUUGGGAAGAACGGGUUCGCGGUGAUCGAAGGCGCGCUCGGCGCGGGCGUCGGCGGCGGCGGCUUGAAACGCGAGGAAGACGAUUCUGACGACGACGACGACGAUUCUGACGACGACGACGACGCGGUCGCGCGCUCGAGCUCGAGCGACGACGAAGAGAGCGAAGAAGAAGAGGGGGAGAACGACGAAGCGCAAACGCGCGAGGACGCGCUCGCGGCGUUCGCCGCGCGCAGGCUCGGCGGUUUCGGCGCCAAGUCGCGCGCGUUCUGGUGCGUUUUGAGAGGGAAGGACGCGCGGGAGGCGGCGGCGGCGUUUGAGGCGGCGGCCAGGCGCGGCGGCGGAUCAGGCGGCGACUCGAGGGCCCCGCGGCGGGACGCGUUCGCGGCCGCGAAGGAGGGCAUCGAAGGCGGCGGCCGAGGCGGGGGCGCGUCUGCUGCGUCCGCGAGCGCGAGCGCGAGACGACACACUGUCGUAGGACAGCACGCCGCGGCCGCGGCGGCGCACGCGUCCAAAGCCCGCGCCGCCGCGGCUGAGGCGGCUGCGCUCGUCGACGCGGUCGCCGCGUCCGGUACCGUCGGAAAAACUGUCGGAUGUCCGAACACGAAGGCGUGCCACCAGUGUCAGCAUCAGCACGUCCCGAGGUCGUGCCGAGCGCGGAGAGCGGGUCCCGGGAGCCACGCGGCGGGUAAGGGCGGCGGAUCAGGCGGCGCAGCGCAGUGCGGUUUGUCGUACUGCGACGGGUGCGUCCGAAAAUUUUAUCGCGACGGCGACGGCGGGCUCACGCGCGACGACGUCGAGCGCAUUUGCCCCAAGUGCCGCGGCGUGUGCAACUGCCGAGCGUGUCUGCGCCGGGACCCCGGCCCGCCGCCGACGGUGUCGGACAAACUGUCGGAAAGUACGACACGUCAGCUGUACGAACACUUUCUCCGACGCGCCGCCGCGCCGAUGCUCGCGUCGGACGCCGCGGAGCGAAAGGAGAUCGACGCGGAGAUCGAGUGCGGCGUAAAUAACGGCGCCGUCGCCCCCGGGUACUACGGAUACUCGGACGCGUCGCACGCGAGCGGGUGGCGCCUGUUCUGCGACGCGUGCGGGAGCGCGGUCGCGAACCUGCACCGGAGCUGCUGGGCGUGCGAGGUGGACGUGUGCGGCGACUGCUGCGCGGAUUUAAGACGCGGAAACACCGUGGGAAAACCCGCGGCGACGCUCGCGAGCGCGCUCAUCAUGGGGGGCAGCGGUGGUGUCGGCGGCGGCGGCGGCGGGAAGAGGAAAGCGCAUCAGCCGCCGCCGCCGCCGCCGCAGCCGACGUCGUCCGGCGGCGGCGGGGAUCGAACAGGCGGCGAAGGGUGGUUCAACGCGUCGCACACGGAGGCGGAGCUCAGCGCGAUGCCGCUGAAGAAGCGUCUGAAGCUGCGGGCGAUGAAGGCGGCGAAGGAGUACGAAACCCUCGCGGACGCGGCGACGAAGGCGGAGGAGGAGGAAGGGGCCGUGUCGAGGAAGAUGUCGUCGGGGACGGAGGACGUCGAGUCUCGCGGUUUCGAGUCGACGGCGGUUUCGGUUUCGGUUUCGACGGCGGUUCAACCGGUUUCAACCGCCGCGGCUUCCGGGGUCAAGCCAGAACCCCCGGUUUCAACCGCGGGCGCGCCCCUGAAACCGCUCCCGCUCGUCGUCCACGCCACCGCGGACGAGACGGACCCGAGCGCGGAGCCGAUUUUGUGCCUGAAGUGCACGCGGCCGCUGGAGCUGCGCGCGUGCAUCGAACGCGCGUGGCUCCGCGGGAUUUACGACUCGCCGCACGUGGCGAAACACGCGAAGCGCGACGCGUCGGCGGCGGUCGCGGUGGAAUCUUUUGAUUCGAAAUCAUCUGAUUCGGAUGAUUCGGAUUCGUGUCCGUGUCCGUGGUGCGCGAAACUGAGCGACGAGGACGCGCCGGUGAUGUCGACGCGCACGUCGGGCGAGGGCGGCGGCGCGGUGGACGCGCGCGUGUGGCGUCCGCGAGCGGCGGAUCUCGCGCGCGCGCUAUCGUCGUCGUCAGACGACGCGCGCGGGGUCGGGGCGCACGAAUCACGCGAUGACACGUCAGCAUCAUGUUUGACGACGAAUUCGGACAAUCUCCGACACUUCCAGUGGCACUGGUCCAGAGGCCACCCGGUGAUCGUGACGGAGGUGGAUCUCGGCGGGAUGUCCUGGUCCCCCGCCGUCAUGGAGCGCGCGUACGCCAACCACGGCCAGGCGCGUUCUAUACACUGGUCCCCAUACGACCGCGUUGGCGUGGUGAAUGCCGAUCCUUAA